AUAGUUUUUUUGGACGACGCUUACAUGAUGAGCAGAGAGCUAUCGGAAGAGACUGGAAAGGAGUCAAGUGGACUUCCUUCACAACGUUGAUCGCAUCUUGGUUAUGCGAGAUGGAAUGAUUGUGCAGUCAGGAAGAUACGACGAAUUAGUGAGCUCCGGGUUAGAUUUUGGAGAACUGGUAGCAGCGCACGAGACAUCAAUGGAGCAAGUUGAAGCUGGGUCGGCAUCAGCCACUGCAGCAAAUGUGCCAAUGGCAUCACCAAGAACACAGAGAACUAUUUCAAUAGAGUCUCCGCGUCUACCACCAACACCAAAAUCUCCCAAAAUACAUAGAACUACUUCAAUGGAGUCUCCAAGAAUACUUAGAACUACUUCAAUGGAUUCUCCUCGUUUAGGUGAGCUAAAUGAUGAAAGCAUCAAAUCGUUUCUCGGCUCCAACAUCCCAGAAGAUGGAUCAAGACUGAUCAAAGAAGUCGAUGAUUUGGAUGAUGAAGCUUUUGAUGAUGAUAUUGUUUAUGUUAGGGAUGAUUGUGAAGGUUUGUUAGUGGUAGAUUGAUAGGUAUGUUUGUGGUUUUUGUAAACAAUGAAAUUUGAAAUGGGUUACUAAACAUUUUAAUAUUUAUAUAUUUUGUAUUAAUUUUAA